UAGGACCAUGAACUUCUGAAGUUGCUGCUGCUGUUCCUCUCUCUCUGAAUGAAGAUUGAGCUUCACCCCAGACUGCAACUUCCUUCCUCUCUCCAACAUCUAGUAUUUGAUAUGAAAACUGAAGUUUAAAAAACAACAGAUGAAGGGCUUAUGCCCAAAACACCGACUCUCCUGCUCCUCAGAUGCUGCCUGACCUGCUGUGCUUUUCCACACUUUUCGACUCGGACUCCCAAGCGUCUGCUGUCCUCAAUUUCAAGUCAAUGUCUGACAGUCGUUCAGUCCAUUGGGCCUGUAACGAGUUUUGACUAAGAUUCUGUGAGAAGGAGCAAAGUUUUUUGGUCCCUGUUUCAGUACGUUUUCAGCAUCAGUGGGACGGAAUGAGAGAUCCUACUGUUACAGUGCACUGAGUGUGGAACCUAAAACAGUUAUUCAGCCUGGAAAGAGGAAUUCACGGUGGGGAGGGACUGUACACAUGUUUGUGUACCGCUGAAGCUUCAGCCAUGGAGAAACCCGAGGAAUCCCUCCCCGUGGAGAAAUCUUGGAAGUGUGGCGACUGUGGGAAAGGCUUCCAUGUCCCGUCUGUCCUGGAGGCUCAUCGGCGCAGUCACACUGGGGUCAGGCCAUUCUCCUGCCCUGAGUGUGGGAAGGGGUUCAGCAGUUCCUCCACCCUGCUGAGGCACAGACGGGUCCACACAGGGGAGAGGCCCUUCAGCUGCUCCGAGUGCGGGAAGGCCUUCAGCAAUUCCUCUGACCUACUGAAGCACCAGCGUGUCCACACCGGGGAGAGACCAUUUGCCUGCCCAGAGUGCGGGAAGGGGUUCAGCAGUUCCUCCGCCUUGCUGACCCACCAGUGGGUCCACACAGGGGAGAAGCCCUUCAGCUGCCCCAAGUGUGGGAAGGCCUUCACCCAGGCCUUUUCCCUGCUGAGGCACCAGAGUGUCCACACCAGGGAGAGACCAUUCGCCUGCCCAGAGUGCGGGAAGGGGUUCAGCGAUUCCUCUGCCCUGCUGACCCACCGGCGGGUCCACACAGGGGAGAGGCCUUUCAGCUGUCCUGAGUGUGGGAAGGCCUUCACACAUGCCUCCAACCUGCUGACCCACCGGUGGGUCCAUACCAGGGAGACGCCCUUCAGUUGCCCCGAGUGUGGGAAGGCCUUCAGCAAUUUCUCCCACGUGGUGAUCCACCGGCGGGUCCACUCCGGGGAGAGGCCAUUCACUUGUCCUGAGUGCGGGAAGGCCUUCAGCAAUUCCUCUGACCUACUGAAGCACCAGCGGGUUCACACCGGCAAGCGGCCCUUCAGCUGCCCUGUGUGUGGGAAGGCCUUCACCCACAAAAAGAACUGGGUUGCUCAUCGGCGCAGUCACACUGGGGUCAGGCCAUUCUCCUGCCCUGAGUGUGGGAAGGGGUUCAGCAGUUCCUCCACCCUGCUGAGGCACAGACGGGUCCACACAGGGGAGAGGCCCUUCAGCUGCUCCGAGUGCGGGAAGGCCUUCAGCAAUUCCUCUGACCUACUGAAGCACCAGCGUGUCCACACCGGGGAGAGACCAUUUGCCUGCCCAGAGUGCGGGAAGGGGUUCAGCAGUUCCUCCGCCUUGCUGACCCACCAGUGGGUCCACACAGGGGAGAAGCCCUUCAGCUGCCCCAAGUGUGGGAAGGCCUUCACCCAGGCCUUUUCCCUGCUGAGGCACCAGAGUGUCCACACCAGGGAGAGACCAUUCGCCUGCCCAGAGUGCGGGAAGGGGUUCAGCGAUUCCUCUGCCCUGCUGACCCACCGGCGGGUCCACACAGGGGAGAGGCCUUUCAGCUGUCCUGAGUGUGGGAAGGCCUUCACACAUGCCUCCAACCUGCUGACCCACCGGUGGGUCCAUACCAGGGAGACGCCCUUCAGUUGCCCCGAGUGUGGGAAGGCCUUCAGCAAUUUCUCCCACGUGGUGAUCCACCGGCGGGUCCACUCCGGGGAGAGGCCAUUCACUUGUCCUGAGUGCGGGAAGGCCUUCAGCAAUUCCUCUGACCUACUGAAGCACCAGCGGGUUCACACCGGCAAGCGGCCCUUCAGCUGCCCUGUGUGUGGGAAGGCCUUCACCCAGUCCUGCAACUUGCAGAGGCACCAGCGGGGGCACCAGCGCUCCCAACAAUCGGAUUCUGCCGGUGAGGCUGCUGUGGGUCACCCCCAGGACUGAACCUCCUGCCCAGUCUGACAGUGGGAGAGUUGGUGGGCUUGUUUUGUUUUCUGCUGGACAGCACCCACUCCCACGGUGGCUCAGUGGUGAGUAGCAUUGCCUCCCAGUGCCAGGGACCUGGCUUUGAUUCCACUAUUGGGGCAACUAUCUGUGUGGAGUUUGCACAUUCUCCUCCUGUGCCUGUGUGGGUUUCCUCUGGGUGUUCCGGUUUCCUCCCACAGUCCAAAGGUGUGCAGGCAGGGUGGAUUGGCGAAGCUAAAUUGUCCCAGUGUUCAGGGAUGUGUAGGUGUGGUGUAUUAGUCAGGGGAAAUGUCGAGUA